UUAUGAAUAAUUCUGUCAACAAUGGGGAUGGAUUCCCGCUUGUACAAAAUACACAGCAGCCAGCUACAACAGAUCCGUGUGCUCAACUUGUCCAUAUUUUGAUGUGUUACCAUCAGAGAUCACUGGACGGCCGUUUACAAGUUGCUGGACGUAAAGGAGUCCCAAAUGUUGUGUAUGCAAGGAUUUGGAGGUGGCCAAAUGUGAAUAAAUCAGAAUUGGUCAAAUUGCCUGUUUGCCAAACACCAACAAACCAUCCAGAUGUAAUUUGUAUUAAUCCGUAUCAUUAUGAUCGUGUGGUUUCUUACGAGCUUUCUUCGUUGCAAAUGGACCCUCUUCCUCCUAUUACUUCAACUCAACAUGUUUUAACAAAUUUGGAUGGCCCUUCCUCUUCUCAACAAAAUUUGGAAAACUCUGUUUUUACUGAACAAAAGUGUCAAGUAAUCACUCAUUUGCCUACAGAAAAUCAGUUGAUUGGGAAUGAAAUGAAUUUUUAUUCGAAUGAACAGUGGCAAUCUUCUCCUUUCGAAACUUGUAGCAACAUUUCUGGACCUUGUAAUAUGAAUGGUUUAUACCCGCAAAGUAAAAAUUUUCUUUAAAAAAAUUCUUUUAAAUUUUUUCUUAUUUUUUUUUGUGUCUUUAAAAACAACUUUUUGGGUUAUUUAAAAUUAAUUUUCGUGAGUGGGGUUCGAACCUUUAACUUAUAAACUGCGAGGAUUAACAUAAGCAUUUUCCAACUACACCAACAAUUCAUUGAUUUUCCCCUAUAGCCUAGUUUUGGUCUUUUUCUGUUUUUGUUUUGUUUGUUUUUUUUUUGUUUUGAAUUUGUUCUGAUGUUUUUCUGGUUGUUUAAAUUAUUUUUCUUUACUUGUUCAGAUUUUAUUCUGAUUUUUAAUUUUGUUUUAAAUAUAUUCUGAUGUGUUUUUCUGCAUUUUUUAAAUUUCUCUUUUAAUGUUCAGAUUUUAUUCUGAUUUUUACUUUUGUUUUUCUGAUUGUGUUUGAUGUUUGAAUGUUUUUCUGAUUGUGUUUUAUUUCUUUUAUUUUGUUUUGUUUGUCUGAUUUUUUAUUUGGUUUUGUUUUUAUUUAAUUCUUAUUUUAUUAUUCCGAUUUUUUUGUUUCUAGUUUUAUUU